AUGGCAUCUGAAUUUAAAUGCAACGCUCCAUCCUGCAGUACACUACUAGGAGAGAGAGUAUGCUUGAUCAGCUGUGGGCAUGCUUUAUGUGCAGAGCAUGGAAAAGAAUGAUUUUCUUCUCACCAGACAUGCCCGAUCUGUAACAGACAAGUCAACGUCACAUCAGCCAAUUUUUCAAAGAAAUACAUAAAUGAACGGAAAAGGAUUGCACUGAUAGGGUUCAAUCCUUCAGAAAUUUUGGAAUCAGCAGGAGUCGGAUUAGAGUUUUGGCAAGCCCAAAAAAACCUUGAAGUCUCACAAGUUAAAAACUUGGCUUCGCAGAGGGAAAAUGUAUAUAGAGAAAAGGUCAAGCAAACUGAGCAAGCAUUUUAUGCAACUCAGCAAGGAUAUCUGGAAUUAAAAGACCACUACAAACAACUCGCAAUGCAAUUCCAGCAUCUGCAGCAACAAAAUACUCAACUUACACAAGAAAACCAGCAGCUCAAAAGCAAUAUGCGCUCUCCUCAAGUUUUUGAUCCUCCCAGUAAUAGGAAAAUUUUUGCUUUAGGUGAGCAAGAAAGUAAUUUUUCAACAAAUAAAUUAUUUUCUGGCAUUUCUUUUGACACUGGUUCCAAGCCUUUCAAAAGACCCUUCACUCCUCACGCUUCAAGCCUCUUCACUCCUUCGAAACUUAACAGUUCAUAA